GAAUGGCGAUAGAGAGAGGAAAAUAAUACGUUUCAAUGAUAAGCGCUUAAGUCUGACUUACUUGUCCAUGGAAUCCAUGGAAAGUCAAUUGGCUGAUCAUUUGCCAAGCUUAACUUAAAGUGAACAGUUGAUCGAAGUCGUUAAGCCGAGAAUUAUUUCUACAAUUAAAUGUCAAUAUGUUCGUCCUUGUGUUGGUUUUAGUAACAGUUCUGCAAGUGCAGGGCUGUGUAAAUCGUGUUCCGGUCGUUAAAAUGCGUGGAACUCUGGUAACAAUGCGUAAAAACCAAAAUUCAGCCAACUGCACUACAAAUUGUGGACCUUUGGUGGGAAGGACCAGAACCGAGACCUAUAUGGGCUUCCAUGAUGUCUGCUGCGAUGGAUAUAUACGAAAUGAAGAGAACGAGUGUGUACCACAAUGCAGAGAUUGUGGUACAGGCAAAUGCAUUUCGCCCAACGUGUGUUUGUGUGACAAAGGAUAUGCGAAUCGCCAGGAUCGGGGUCACUGUGAGCCGGAGUGCAGCGAGUCCUGCGUGAACGGAAAAUGUGUGGCACCGGACGAGUGUGAAUGCCUUUCGGGACAUCGUUUCGUCAAUGGCUCCCAAACGGAAUGUGAAACAAUUUGCGAGGGCUGUGGUAACGGACGCUGCCUGGAGUCGGGAAAAUGUCAGUGCGACCCUGGCUAUCAGUGGAGUCAGUCUCUUAAGAAAUGUGAACCCAUCUGCCAGGACGGCUGCUACCACGGCAAAUGUAUAGCACCCAAUGAGUGUCUCUGCUUACCUGGCCAUGAACAGCGUUUGGGUACACCGUGGAUUUGCGAUCCAAUCUGCUCGAGCGGCUGCGCCAACGGCAAUUGCGUGAAUGCUGAAGAGUGUAAGUGCAAGGUGGGCUAUGUCCAUAAGGAGGACAAUCUCGCCUCGGGGUGUGAGCCCUUGUGCAAUCCUUCCUGUGUGAAUGGCACCUGCAUCUCGCCUGACCACUGCGCCUGCUCCGAGGGCCACGUUUUUGCCAAUGGAUCACACCAUGUGUGCGUGCCCAGCUGUCGUUCCGGAUGCGAGAAUGGCUUCUGUAGCGCUCCAGGACGCUGUGAGUGCCACGAGGGAUUCGAAAAGCUUUCGCCGCAUCGCUGCACGCCCACCUGCCAACCCGGAUGUGGGCGUAACGCCCACUGUACCGCUCCCGACACCUGUGCGUGUGACGCCGGCUACAUCUUCGCCAACGGCAGCACCACCGAGUGCGAGCCCUUCUGCCCCAGGAGCUGCCGGAAUGGGAUAUGCACCAGUCCAGGCUUUUGUACCUGCUUGGAAGGCUACCAGGCUCUCCUCUCGUUCUACUGUGUACCAAUAUGUACCAGUACCUGUAUUCACGGCAGUUGCGUGGCACCCAACGAAUGUCGCUGCUUCACCGGCUACCGACCAAGUGCCACCCUAGGAUCGUAUAUUUGUGAGCCUAUUUGUAGCCAGGACUGUGGCCACGGUCGGUGCAUCGCUCCAGAUAUUUGCCAAUGCGACUUGGGCUACGCCAAACGCUGGCCCCGUGGUUCUUGUGAGCCCCAUUGUCCACUGAAGUGCAUAAACAGUCACUGCGAAGGAUCGGGACAGUGCCGCUGCUACGAAGGCUACAAGCUAAGGCCAGGAUCCACCAACAUAUGUGAUCCGGUGUGCUCUCCGGCAUGUAGAAAUGGCACCUGCGUGGAGCCAAACAGCUGUGCUUGUUUCGAUGGCUACGAGGACACAAAGGUGUCGUACGAGUGUGUGCCCACCUGUCGACCAAGGUGUGAGAAUGGACGCUGCUCCUCCCCAGGACAUUGUGAAUGCAAUCCUGGCUAUGCGGUUACCAACUCUAGCGAGCCAAAUUCAUGUCAACCCCAGUGCCGUGAACAGUGCAUCAACGCCGAGUGCCAGUCUCCGGAAAAGUGCGUCUGCCUACCUGGUUACCGAUUUUUGAAAGACAGCAGCAGUGAGUGUGAAACGAUGUGCUCUAAAGGAUGCCGUUCCGGCCAAGAAUGCGUUGGUCCUGAAGUCUGUGAAGGCGAAGGCUCGAUGAUUAUUAGUACACCCAGCAAACACUUGGUCUUUCACUGGUCCAUGUUCAUCCUGGCCAUUCUGCUCUGCCUGGCCUUGGUAAUGAUACCCCUACUGGUGCUCAAGGAGUUCCAGCGACGUCGACGAGGAGGCGACAAGCAAAGAUCCCGACUCAUCGAGAACCCUUCAUAUGGAGUUGUACAGGCUAACAGCGAGGAGGCCGACAAUGAGUUGGGAAUAGGUCGGGGGAGAUUAGCAUUAUAUCGAAUAUGCCCUGUGAAUUUUCCUUUUAAAGAUAUAAACUAAAUGGACUUUUCAAAAAAUAGAUAUAGUAUCUUAUACUUCAAAAUCGAAAGGCAGUUUUCUGUGUGUGGAAAUAGUUUAAUUUGUAUUUUUAUGGCUUUGUUUCGUUUACAAUCGAAUUGUUCGAUUAAGUUCUACACCGAAGGAUGCUUGGCAUCUUCGAAAAUAAUACACGCAUAUAUAAAUAUAUAUAUAUAUAGUUAUGCUAAACAUUUAUGGUUAAAAGUUAAGAAUGUACUCUACCGUAAUAAGUUAUGUAAUUCAUAAUACUCUUUGUCAACUCUGGCCAGUUUCUCAAGUUGUUGUUAAGGUACAUGGUUGGAUUAACUAAAAUGUUUCGUUAUGAUUUCAUAAAUGUAGUUAAUAAAAAUGUAAAGUAAACAAAAACAAAGAAACUAACUUAAUGAUUUUUAACUAAUGCAUAAAUUUUGGAUAAAUGAAGUUUAAUAUUUAUCUACAUUCGAUUUGCCUAAUAAAAAACUUCAAAUUCAACAAUAA